AUGAAGUCGUGGCUUCCCAUUCCGGCAGGGUCUCAUUUCUCCCUUGCCAACCUUCCAUUUGGUAUCAUUUCCACGGACAACAAGCCAACCCGCCGGCCUGCCGUUGCCAUCGGUCAGAAUGUCCUCGAUCUAAAGGCUUUCGCUGACGGAGGUGGCUUCCGCAAUCUCCAAACCCUGCCCUCCGAAAAUAUCUCUGUAUUCUCUGAGACCACAUUGAACGCGUUCGCGGCUUUAGGCCGGCCGUCACAUAAGGCCGUCCGCGCCUAUCUUCGUGAUAUCUUCCGGGGAGAUACACCUUAUUCAGACGCUCUCAAGACGAACGAGGUCUUGAAACAUGACGCCAUCAUUCCUUUGUCUGAGGUACAAAUGCAUCUACCGCUCGCCAUAGGAGAUUACACUGAUUUCUUCGCUGGCCGCAACCACGCGCACAAUGUUGGCACUUUUUUCCGUGGGCCUUCCAAUGCUCUGAAUCCGAACUACAAUCAUUUGCCGGUUGCGUACCAUGGCCGCGCCAGUUCGGUUGUUGUCUCCGGCACACCACUCCGUCGACCCUGGGGUCAGGCAUUGGCCAGCCCGGCAGAUAAAACACCAGAGUUCCGGCCUUCAAAGAGGCUGGAUAUCGAGUUAGAAUUGGGGAUGUUCUUGUGCAGAGAGAACAAGUUAGGCGAGCCGGUGUCGAUCUCUGACGCUGAAGACUACAUAUUUGGCUAUGUUCUCAUGAAUGACUGGAGCGCCAGAGACAUACAACAGUGGGAGUAUGUUCCGCUAGGCCCAUUUAACGCGAAGAACUUUGGUACUUCCAUCAGCCCCUGGGUUGUUCUCGCGGAUGCAAUGGACCCGUUCAAAACAAACGGCCUCCCAAACGACAUUGGGUUGCAGCAAUAUCUUCGUGAGUCACGAACAGAUAAUAUUCUGGACAUUCAAUUGACCAUUGCCAUUCGAAGUAAGUUGCCAACCUCCACGUCGAAAUUCAGCCCGUGA